GGCGGCUCCACCAGCCGAACUCGGCAGGCUCCGAUUGCGACUCGCGGACGGACUCGAACGUCAACCGAACCCCAAGCCAAACUUCCGUCGCCUUCGCUUCCUUCUUGUCUGCUUCUUCUCCCGCCGCCACGUUGCCCGAUCAUCGCCCGUCCCUUUCCCCCGUUCUCUCAAGUUCUCAUCCUCAAUCAUGGCGGGCAUGUUUCAGAACUUAUUUGGAGGCUCGCAGCCUUCCAACCCGGCCAGACCUGACGAUGACUUCGCCGACUUCGUCGAGGCUCCGGAGCCGUCUCCAGCCUCUCUCGUCCCCGGCUCAUCCACCACCCCGGCCAUCAACACUCACGGCGUAGGCGCUGCUACCCCGGUCCCGUACACCAAAUGGUACCGGGUGUGGGAGCGGACUUCACCGCAGGACUUCAUGCAGGAAGCCAUGGUGAUGCCCAUCAUCCUGCUGAUCGUCCUCUUCCACUUCUGGGGGACGCGCAAGAACCGGCGUCGGGCCCGCGACUGGGCUCAGGCGCACGGGUCCGCCCUGCAGAACGAGUUCGCCGUCGUCGGCUUCGGGGGUCCCAAGACCGACGAAACCCCAUCCCCGGACGACAUGCUCAAGGAGCGGUCCGCGCAGGAGUUCGCAUCGUACGCGACCGGUCGCCAGAACGUGGCCUUCGUGGAUUUGUCGGUCAAGCUGCCCAAGCGGUACAACCCGGUGAUCUUCUGGACGGAGUCGGUGCUCAGCUUCCUCUUUGAGAGCUGGGAGGCUCCCGCCGAGACCUACGAGGCGACGGCCUACACCUUCGACGGCAAGGAGAAGGACGUGGUGCCGGUGCCCGCCAAUGACACCUCGUCCCUAAAAGUCAACAACUCGACCUACGACGGCUUCAUCUGGGCGAUCGUGCACAAGAACCACAUGCGCAAGUUCCGCCAGGACCGCUACGACGCCUCCAUCACCUUCACCCGCGAGAACCCCAAGCUCCCCAGCUGGGUGACCGUCAUGACCGAGAGCGCCGAGAUCACCGACGUGCUCCUGACCCCCGAGCUCAUCCAGGCCGUCGAGAAGGCCGGCUCCGAUUUCAAGUACCUGAUCGUGACCGACCAGCCGAUCGAUAAACCCUUGAAAAUCGAAGAAACCACCCCCCGCAAACGCAUUCAACUCGCCAUGACCCUACCCGCUUCGCCCGCCGGCUACGCCACCUCGCUGCCCCUCUUCUCGCAGUUCCUGCGCCUGGCCGACCGCCUCGUCGCCGUCGCCCACUUCCGCCCCGAGGUCACCCGCAAGAUCCGCCACACUCGCGACGAGGAGACCAAGAAGCUGCGCCGCGCCGACGAGGACGAGAAGGCCGAGGAGCGCCGCCUCGCCGCCGAGAAGAUCAAGAAGGAGGAGCGCGAGCGCCUCCUCCGCGGUAUGUCCGCCGACGAGCAGCGCAAGUACCUGGAUCGCGAGUCGCAGAAGGAGCAGCGACGCAUGAUGAAGAGAAGUACCCGUCGGGGUUAGAUGGGUUGCUUUUCUCUCUUACGGCUGUCGCUGCUGGUGUUGAAUGGCUAGGGAGAUCUCUUUUCUUGAGACUAUUGUCGGGUGACUGACGGAGGAAAGCUAAAGAUGCUACUUGGCUUGUCAUGUGGUGUUCCUUUCUUUUAUCUCUCUACGUUGCUUCUCUUGUAUCUGGUGACGACGAUGUUGCAUACUUUCAUGUACAAUGUAUUCAUAAUUAUUCGAAUGAGAAGGGAGGGAGGAUGGGGUUUGGGGCGGCGGUGUGGGAUG